AUGAUGUCUGAUGAUGACGAAUAUUCAUCUCACUCACCAACUCCUAGAGAAAGGUAUAAACGAUACAAAUCAGAUUCGACAGUUCCGAUUCCAUUGAGGACACUAAAUCUAUGGCGAAGCAAUGGAUUUUUCUCUAGCGAUGAUAAUAAUCGAAAUGACAGUCAUGUUGUAGCAUCAAGUAUUAUUGAAGAUAAUUGUGCUACAGAUAUUGGUAACCUGAUAAAUGAUCCCAAUAUUUCACUAAAUGAUGUGUCAGAUAUUGAUAGCGUUUCAAGCAUGAGCACAGAUGAAGAUGAAUGGAAUGAAAGUCCGGAAUCAACUAGCGAACGUGAUGAUGAUGAUGAAGAAACAAAUGACAAUGAUGGUGAAUAUCCUGUUAAUCUCGAAGAUGACGAUAAUAUCAAAUGUGACUAUGAUAAUGAUAAUAUAGACGAUAUACAAGAAAUCACAACAGAAAAUACAGCUGAAAGUAAUAUGCUUUUUCCUUACAGUACGCUGCAUUGA